AUGACUGGUGCUGGUUCCCCUUGUGGUGCUUGUAAGUUCUUAAGAAGAAGAUGCGUUAAAGGCUGCGUUUUUGCACCUUAUUUUAGCCAUGAACAAGGUGCUACCCAUUUUGCAGCCAUUCAUAAAGUCUUUGGUGCAAGCAAUGUUUCAAAACUACUCACUCAUCUCCCUGUAAAUGAACGUUGUGAAGCUGCUGUUACUAUCUCAUAUGAAGCUCAAGCUAGGUUACAAGAUCCCAUCUAUGGCUGCGUUUCUCAUAUAUUUGCUCUUCAACAGCAGGUUGUGAAUCUGCAGGCACAACUUGCUUGUCUCAAAGAACAAGCAGCUUCUUCUACUUUUAUUAAUGGCACCUCUGGUUCUGGAAACCCUAAUAAUGUUCUUCUUCAAAGCUGGUUUCAUAAUAACUCAACCAUGGCAGCACCCAACUUGAACCCGAAUCUCUCUGAAAAUGGGUUUUUGGAUCCGAAUUCGUUAGUGAAUUAUGAGAGUUCAUCGGUGAUUUCAUCAUCAUCAGGUGAGGACCGAUCUUCGUUUAAUGCUUUUGGGGAGGCUGUCCCUUGUUCCAUGGCUUCCUUUGAAGAACAAUGGAGUAAUUUCCAGGAUGUUGAUGACUUUCAAUCAAUGGCUUUUGGCUUUGUUCAUCACUCAUGA